CCCUUGCGGUAUCGGUUAGCCUAUUACUUUGAGGCGCGCCCCCCUUCUUGCGGUCUCUCUUUCUCCCAACAUUUUCGGCAUCGCCCUACCUGCUUUCAUUCGUUCCGGUCCAGACUCCUAGGACCGGCCACCAAGGGGUCGCCCUUUAGGGCGACCCAAAUCCUGUAACCAAAGAAAACGAAGUGGAGCAAAAGAAAUAGGCUAGCGAAAUUUUUUUCACGAGGCUGAUCCCACAACCAUACGACGCAUUUAUAUUUGUAAAUUUAUGAAAAAUUGUGUCCACUGUUCGUGGUCCGAGUGCGUUUCGAAAAAAAAUGAGAUCUUGAUUUUUUUGGCCGAGGGCGUUGCUGUGUCUACUACAUGAUCAAUAUCACCUUGUGUGCAGGGGUUCUUGCGCCGAAGUACAACUAGCUUCUGACUGCUUUGGAUUUGCUAUUCUGCAGAAGUACAAAGUUCUCUCUAAAACUGUAUCUUCAUCAAUUUUUUUCACCACUUCCAAAAAAAAAACUACUUACACAAACCGACAUCAUCAAAAGAAUGUCGUCCCACAACGCCACUAUUGACCGUCGUGCGGCGGGGGUCGCACCUCCGCCGCCUAGCCGGCAGCUGCAGCAGCACCAAGGGUCGUACUAUUUUCGUCAUGCGGACAAAAUUGCAGCUGGGGGCGAAGGAGAUGCUUUUUUUGAUAACGAGCCUGAACGCGACGUCCAAGAAGAGGAAGCUCCUUUCUCGAAGAAAAAAUCUUCUUGCUCGCUGAAUAAACCGCUUGUGAUCACCCUGAUCGUGCUCGCCGCAGUCGUCAUUAUCGGUGUGGUCAUCGCGGUUGUGGUUGUCAUGCUGAACAACAGUAAGACGAAUGACGAAGUUCAACAUGAAAAUAAUCCCCCCGCGAUGCAGAACCGGGAGGACCUCGGGUCGCUGAAUGCCUUUCUCCAGGACGAAAAAAACCGCUUCCACGAACCGGUUGUGUUAUCCGAUGGGCAGACUUACGAAAAGCAGGCUGCGCGGAAGGUUUGCAACGUUUCCGUGCAGAGUCUGUACGAGGAGAAUGGUGAGGACCUCAGCUUGGAAAAGCUGAACCGGCCCUGCAGAAUUGCGGCCGACGAGCGGGGUGGCGAGAGGACUGUGGUGCUAUCGGGCGAUUGGCCGAUGGCUGAACUACCGGCGAGCCUGGCGCAGCGAAAAGGUGCAGCGGCGGCCCGGUCUUCGUUUCUGCAAUCGCAGCAAGCGCUGGCGGAACAACAGGAUAAGAGAGACGGCCCAGCGGAAGAAGUUGACGACCAAACGGUGGAGCGUCUUCCGAAGAUGUUUCCCAAUAAGCAACUGCAGGAGUUUUACACCGCCUGGAACGACGCGGAGCAUCACCCGAGUAGUUCCUACUUCCAAAACCCCAACGAAAUGCCGGAGAUGCUUCUGUGCCACACGAAAGACUAUCAGACGGGCGCUGUGGACGAGGAAAGCAAGGGUCUGUGCCACUACCCGGCCACUGAUACAAACGGAAUUACUUGGAACAUUCCGGGAGUGUGGGUUUUGACAGAAGGCGAGGUGUUGAAUGGACAUGCGACUUUUGUCAAGAACAAAAAGUUGCAACGGUUGACCAUUGCCUACGCGACGUUUCACAGCUUGCCUAUCCCGCCGCAAUUGAAUCCCGGAGAUGACCUCCCGCAGGGGCCCCCUGCGCCAACCGCGCCGGCUACGCCAACGGCACCGGCUACGCCAACCGCACCGGCUACGCCAACCGCGCCGGCUACGCCAACCGCGCCGGCUACGCCAACGGCACCGGCUACUCCAACCGCACCGGCUACGCCAACCGCACCGGCUACGCCAACCGCACCGUCUACACCACCCGCAGCGGCUACGCCAACCGCACCGGCUACGCCAACCGCACCGGCUACGCCAACCGCACCGGCUACGCCUACCGCACCGGCUACGCCAGCCGCAACGUCUGCGUCAUCCGUACCGCCUGCGCCAAAGGCACUUGCUGCAGCAACCCACUUCGAGUUUCGUUUUGACGCCAACCACGAACCGGAGAUUCUUGUAGAGGUGCUGCAAGACAGUCUGGCUUCCCUUGCUGGGCCCACUUUUGGAAGCACGAGCUUGCGCCAGCCGGUACCCUUUUCAUUCUUUUUGCGUACAGAAGUCAUAGUCGUGCAAAGUGGGUAUUGUUGCACUCAGCGUGAACCCCCAGAAAAUUCGGAUUGGGCGACAAGGCCAAAGAUGCAUGAUACAUAGCUUCUAGUAUGUACCAAUAGUAACUCUUCAGCCAUUAAGUAAUUGCCAGCGCAUCGGUCGAGUGUCUACCGUCUCUUGCAGCCCUUUGUUUGGAACGAUUUAUGUCUGACGAGUAUCCGACAAAGAAACUCGAAUUGCGAAAUGCAAAUUCUGCCACGAAGACGAAAAUGAAAAUCGUCGACUUCCUUCACGCAGGUCACUGCCGUUGAUGGGCAGCCGGUUCCGUGGACUCAGAAAGAGCCCCAUUUGAGUCCCUUUCCGUACAAGUUUUUCUUCCGUGCCCCCAUAGUCUCGACGUACGACCCGAUGCAAUUGUUCGCCGGGCCUCACUUCGUUUUCAAUCUGCGCAUCGGAUCAGUGUGGAAUUUUUUUACCGUGCAGAUUCCGGCUGGCUUAAUUCACGAGGCCGCGAUAAAUGAUCCUCGGGCUCGGCAACCGCUCAGAGCCGGUGCUCAAGGCGACAACGUUUGCGUCAAGUAUCAGCCUCUGCAUUCGGACGGCCUCCACUCCGGGAACGACGGCCCGAAUCGUGCCUGGCACACGCCCGCGAACAGCCUGCGUGCCGGACACCGCUACCGCGUUGUCAAAGCCGACCGCCCGAUGCCGACACGCUCGCCCACCCCGCCCGACACAAACCGGGCGGAGGCGCGGGACGCUGACUAUGGUGAGCGCUGCAGCUUUGCCCACGAUGGCAAGUGGUCUAAUGGUCAUGGUUGCAACGAGCCCGAUCUGCAGAACGUCUGGGACCUCGACAAUUUACGGGCCACCGGCGAGGACACGUCGCCGAAGUCCAUCAUCGCGACGGAACUUGACAUCACCACCCCGGGCGGCUGCGUCCUCGGAGACGGAACUCCGUGCAACACCGGCGACAACCUGAUUCCUAACGAUGUGACCCGCAUCCGCUCCACCAUCUGCCUCGUCGGCGUCAACGAGUGGAAGCGCCUGCGGGCGCAGCUGCAGCAAAUUUUCCUUGCCCACGGAUUGGUGAAUAUGGGAACCUGGGAGACGGAAUUGGGGCUCCGCGCACUGAUGGAGAAUUUACGGGAUGUUGGCACCAACGUGUCGCCCCACUUCGCGGAUUGCGUCGGCAGUUUCAACGCGAUGGUCAGGGAUCAGGACUGGGGGAACGUUUGAGUUGUAGUAUAAAACUAAUAUCUUGGCGGUAUUUUAAGUACAAGACGUAGUACAUCAACAGGGCACAAAAACUUCAAGGGAGUUACUCCUAUUUCUUUGUUUUGCUAAAACGAAAAGCGGGUCUGGACGACCUACCUGUAUAACGGGCCCUCCGACUCGAUUGAGCUAGAGUUAGGAAGUGCGGCCAGUAGUUCUUUUCGGCGCAGGAGUUUUACUUGUUUUGAAAGUGAGAAUGAGCGGUACAGUUUUGGGUCAGAGUCACUCCACUACAGCAGCACGUAUUUUUCAUGUAUUAUCAACUUUAUUCGUGUAUGAUUGUGCGUGUGCCGAGCCCAGCUCGAACUAAUCAUCAUCAUUCGUGUAUAAUUCUUCAGCUUUACUCAUAUAUUCCUCCAGUCAGUUGUUGGGUGAGUCCUUCAUCGAUUCAACAUUCAUAAGUUUGCCCAUUGCCACGCAACACUAGCACGUCCUCUUUUCUUAGGCGAGUUCUACGAGUUUUGAACUCCCUGGACUACUAGCCCUUGUGUUUGAUUGUUGUCAACAACACCACAAACACUUGGAGAACUCUUGCGCCCGCCCGUCCUCGUGGAAAAUUUACUAGAAAGGAUGUACUUUAAUAGCAUGGAAAAGUUAAUCGUGGAAAAUUUAAUCGAUACGCUUGGAAAAUGGAAUCGCUACAGCAUACUACAUCCAGCAUAACAAACUACUGUAUCAUCUGAAAAAAAAAAACAAUGCCAUAGCAAUCACAGGGGUGGUGAGAAGAUGAAAGCAAAGCUGUGUCACGUCAUGUACAAUCGAGCAGUAUUAUAGUAGCAAGAUACACAUAGACAUACAUCUUGAUCUUCAUAGUAGACAUGAAACAUACAUAGUGGCGCACAAUCAGAAAACUAUCCAUGAUGUAGAGCACAACAUACCAAUUGUUCGGAAAUCUGAACGAUCGAGAGAGCGCAUGCACCAUAGAUAGACAGUUAUUUUGGGAGCUCGACCUCCCGCGAGACCCGAAAUGAAAUAAAGUCUUGAUGUUUUGAAAAAAGUAAGAAUUCCAUCCAUUUAUUUUCCUCGUCCCCGUUGGGGUCCAUUAUGUUGGC